GUUGUUGGAAAUUGUUUGUUGCAUUACGUACACGCCGCAUUAUGAAAGAAUGAAACUUAUGUAGCUGCGGAGGGCGACUCCUAGUCCUCGACGCCGGGUGCCGCCUUUGUACCAGCGCAAACGCAAUGUCAAAAAACGUGGCCUUGCAGCAGGCGGUACAGCACAUGCUCGAGUGGCCCAAGCCGUACCUGGAAGCUAGCGAAGAUCUCGGGGAACAGAAUUCCGGCCUGCAAGGGAACCUGCAAGAUUUUCACCAUGCCUUGGAUGAGGUCGGAGACCAAACGAAGAACCUGCUUGGUCGCAUCAACAAAGCUUUCGAACUCACUCGUGCGCCCGUCAGCUUGCUGUUGUCCGCAGCGCCUUGCCCAUCGGUCGAGGAAGCUGCAAACGAGGCACACCAACUGCAUCUGCAAGUUGGUAUGGAAAACGUGAUUCAUUUUCUGAUAUUUCUGAGUGAGCUUUGUUAUGUGGACGCUUUCCCAAAAUCAUUCUCGGCUACUGUAUAAUUUAUUCUGGUCAAUUGAUGUGAAGAACUUGGACAAAAAAUCAAUUACAGUAAAAAACGCUUGAUCAGGCCGCGUCAAGUCUUCAAUAAAGACAGUCGGAAAGUUUGCCGAGCCAAAGGUGAUGGGCUCCAUUACGAAGAUGCGGCACAUCGUCGACCGAGGUCUGGGAAAAAUGGAUAAGCAGGCUAGCGAAGUACUCACAGCGUAGUCAUCGAUCCAAUAGUACCAAGACAGAAUUCUGCUUUCAUCUCAUUUCAUGCUUCUGCGACAGACAACUGGAGCUUUCCUUUCGCUUUCGUUUUUGAUGAUAAAAAUAGAAGUGACACAGAUUUAGAAAUGCAAAAACUGUACGUCGCAUGUUUUUGUUUCAACAGUGCAAAACAACACGAAGUCGCAAUCGUGGCGACACCACGCCGCGUCAGCAUUUAUGAGCUCAAAGAGAAAGACCAGUAGAAACCAUGUUAUAUCCAGACGGUGUGCACAACUCUAUUCCGCAAGGAU